AUGUCUGAACAGGCGAACGUGUUCACACUUGAGCAAUGUGCUAGGUGUGCUCGACUCACCAUCGAACGACCAAUUUUGAAUUUAAACAUAAAACCAAUGCGAAGCAUUUCUUGUUUCAUACACGGAACAACCUUCCGCGAUAAAUCUGUACCACGUACCAUUCAUUCUCGUGGAACUCACAUCUCUACUUCCUUCUGUUAUAACCGCAGUUCCGUCAAACAGUGGUUUGACCAACAUGUCCAUUACAAAUACGGUCCGUAUCCCCCAGAAAACCCCGAUCAAGUGUCGGGUUACACACAGCUUGUAUGGGCUCGCACACAGACAGUUGGAUGUUAUCGGGCUUACUGCAACAGAUUUUGGACGCGUUACACUUGGGAAAAUAAUAUAUAUAAUACAAUUUGUCGAUACUGGCCACCGGGGAAUGUGGCAACGGAAUUACCCUACGAACCCCACGACUGGUUUCGCCCUUUUUGGGGCUCACCAAGUGGGCGCAGUUCCCAAUUUUUCGUCAACCUUAUUUUCUACUUGAAACCGAAUGGCAUGAAAUCAGCGAAAUACACUCACUUGCAAACUAGCUUGGUUUUUCGAGAGACUCACCUGGAACCCAGCCGGAUCUCUCGUUCGUGCUGUUUCCAGGCAACUGAAUGUUCUGCACCAGGCCGCCUCAUGUUUCAGUCACUACACAGUCGUGCCUGGAAGCAUCACAAACGGGAGAUUCAUCUGGGUUCCAUAUACCCGAAGCAUUUUCUGUGGCGAAGCUUCGGAGUUGUUCGUUUUUGUCCACUAACGCGAUCGUCUGUUAAGAUAAUUUUCUUCCAAUCACCAGAUAAAAAAGAAGCACAACCGGUUGGUGACACUCCUGCCAAUUCGGAAGAACAAGGAUGGCUAGAUCAGCACAAUACCUACCGUGCAAUGCUUCUCAGUGGACAAGUUUCUGGACAACCAAAACCCUUGAAAAUGCCGAGUCUGACUUGGAGUUCUCAACUGACUAAGGAGGCGCAAAAAGCGGCAAAACUCGCAUGUUCUGGAACCCAUAAUUCUGAUGGUCUCCUAGCGGUCUAUCGUCAUCCCAAUAAUCUGGGCAAAUACGAAACAAGUCGGCUGUCACAGGGAAUUUUGUGCAAAGUACUGGACGGGCUUCACAUGGGACCACGAUGUAUAUGCCACGAUGUGUUACUAUUCACCAAAUAUUGCAUCUCCUCCUCCUACAUCAUCGUCAUCAUCAUCAUCAUCCUCAUCGACAUUAUGACAUCGGUGUUCAACACAGAUGCUUCACUGCCGUACAACCAUGAUUUAUUUGAAAGCCUUAUUGUAAAGAAAAGAGUAAAGGUGGACAGGGAAGGGACUUGGUGCUAG